CUGCCACCCAUUAUGGUAGAGCUGCUGCCGGAGCAGAAGGACAAGGAGCGUGGCAGUAUCAAUGGCCCACUUGCUCAUGUUGGCGAGGAAAUGGCACAGCAGCACGAGCCGGGGAAGGCACCCGUAGAUGGCGUGUCUGAGAAUGGCAUCACGCCUGGAUCUGGCGAGUCUGAGAAGCAGUAGACGACGACUUAUUCAUCACAGAUGUGACUGCGGUGUAUGCGAUGACGUGUGCACGUGACUGUCCAGCCGGCCGAGGAAGAGAAAGAGACAAAGAGAGUAGACCGGCAUCUACCUCUACCUCUCCAGUAACAGCCAUGGCAAAAGGCAGAAAGUCAGGAGGCGGCGCAGAGGGACUCCUCGGCCUCCCGACCCAUCAAUCACGCCGGCACCUCAAAAACGGCCGCAAAUCGCGCUCAAUACUCGCUACCUACACUAUCCGCGCAGCAGUCCUCUACGCGCUCUACUGGAUCCUGUACGCGUGUCCAUCGACCAUUGAUGUCAAUGCACCUGCUGUGUGUCGGCGAUUCAAUAGUUUGAAGGAGUUUACCGUCAAACAUGCAGGACCGCAUGUGCAACCCUACUACGAGCAAUACGCUGGCCCAUAUGUGGCCAAGGGCGAGCAGUACUACGCUCAAGUACACAAGGUGUAUCAGAAGCAAGCAAAGCCUGCCGUGGAUCACGCUGGUAAGCUCUACAACAAGCACCUCCACCCUGUCACGGCACAGGCGACACAAGCUGCCAAGAAGCACUACAAUGCUCGCUUGGACCCUGUGGUGAGCAAGUAUCAAAAGAAGGCUCAGCAGGUGUACGGCCAGUAUGUCGGCAAGCACAUUGCUACGGCGACAAACACUAUCAAACCUUACACUGAUAUGGCAUCAACCAAGUCCCAGCAGGUGUACGAUAAAGUUCUUGUUCCCACCUUCCACAAAGUUUCGCCGCACGUCAAGCACGCUGCAGCGAUUGGUGCAUCGACUUACUGGCAACACGGCCACCCGAUUGUUUUGAAGUUGCGCGAUGCACUCCUUGCAUUCUACCGCACGACCGUUCUACCGCCUAUGCGACGCGCAUUCUACAAGUACGUCGAACCACAACUCGCACGCGUCUCUCAAAAAUUGUUUGAAUUCAAAGCGGCCCGUGGUUUCGCGAGGCCUGAUGUCGACUCUGCGAAUAUCAUUGCCGCCUCUGUUUCUGCUUCUAUGCUCGCAAAGAAUACGCCGUCUGCGAAGCUUGAAACGACCGUCAUUGCAGGUGAGACCAUUACCGCUAAAGCCCCCGAGGCUACAAAUGAUGCAAAAUUACAAAAGAAGAUGGACGCCGAGGUGCUUGGGCAAGUCUUGACGGCUGCAGAGGAGAGCUUGAAGGCUGAGGGUGAAGCGGCUGCGGAUGUCUUGCAGGAGAAGUUGCAAAAUCUCCUUCCCACAGCCAUCAAGACGCAAUCCGUCCUGACUUCAGAUUACUUGCUGCAACUUGAAAAUACCGCGGUCGAGCAAGUCGAGGCUGUUGAACGACAAAUUCUCAGUUAUGCUGGCAACAGCGCAAAUCACGGUAAACCACAAAGCGAGAUUACUGAGCAAUUGCGACCGGCAUUUGCCAAGGCUGGUAAGAAGUUGCAUGAACAGGCUGUUGAAGUCAAGGCGCAUACCUCGUCUGUGCUUGAAGCGCUUGAACAACGUGUGCAAAAGCAUACAUUCAUUGUGUAUGAAGGUGUGGCCAAGUCUGCGUUGGCUGCAAAGGAAGCUGCACAUGAGCUUAUUGGGUAUGAUUCUGAAAGUGUCUCUCGCAAACACCGCAAGCAGUUUGAACAUCUCGACACGCAGUUGGCAGAUAUUGAAAAGUCUCUCAAAAAGCUUGCUCAGAAGGAGUUUGAUGCCUCUGCAAAGGAACUCAAGGCGCUCCUCAAGGAGACCGACAGCAAAGUCCAAAAGCUUGCUGGUGGCGCUGCAUCCAAGCUCGAACAGCUCCACUCGAUUGGUCCUAAGAAGAUCACGCUGGGUGAGGACUCGGAGAGCUUCGGCUAUGGCUACGUCCCCGUCAAUGCGAUGCUCGGAGCUCAAGCCUUUUACGAGAGUCUCAGUUCCUUUGUUGCUGGUGAAGCUACCACCACGGCAGGUAUCAUUGAUAAAGCGUAUGAAUCGAUGGAAGCUGCUGCUAAUGCCGCUGAAGAGAUGCUUGAGCCAGAACACAUUACCUCGGUUGUGGGUGAUGCUGCCGCUGCUGCUUCAGAUUACAUCAAAUCCAUCGAUACCGACGAAGUUGCUGCUUCUGCAAAAUCCGCUGCAUCGGUUGCUUCCUCUCAAGCUGCUGAAGCGUACAAGACUGCUCAGUCUGCUGCCGCUGCUGCCUCUGAGCAAGCCGCGAAAGCUGCCGCGUACAUUCCAACAGAGGAAAUCAAGGAGCAAGUUCAAGACGCUGCUGGCUAUGUUGCUGGUCAAGUGUCUGGUGCUGUUGUGGGAACAACUCAAGGUCUCGGUGAGCAAAUUGCGAGUAAAGCGUCUGCUGCUGUGUAUGGAACUCCUGAACCGGGUGUUGCUGGACAGGUGUAUUACCAGAUCAAAGGUGCUGCGGGUCAAGCUGGUGAGCAUGUUGAGAAUGCAUUUGAUGCAAUUGGCGACAAGGUGAGUGAGAUUGUGCAUGGCACACCGAUGGCUGUGACGGAGCAGAUUGCUGCCAAGGCCUCUGAGCUGGCGUAUGGUAAGGAGAAGCUUGUUGUGGAGAAGGUCAAGGAUGGUGCGUCCAAGUCGUUUGAGGAGGUCAAGGAGCAAAUGCUUGCGGCUGCUGAGAAGCUCAAGGCUGAGUUCCCACACAUGGAGCUCUAGGCAUCAGAAGUAGGCAGAGAGAAGAGUACUAAGUCUGAAAUUGAGCCGUCGUAGAUGAGCGUGAGAUGAUUUGCACUACUCCGCAAU